UCUCUCUCUGUCUCUGGUCCUUCUCAUCAUCACAAUGGCCAGACUGUGAGGAAGGGUUGGUCUCUUCUGAAAAGCACAGACGCAGCAGCAGCAGCGGCAGCGGCGGCGGCGGCGACGACGACGGACUCACACCUUCACACUGAGACGCAGGAGAGGGAAUAUGAUGACUUCAGUCUGAGACAGAGGUCGAUGUGGCCACUGAAGCAGCUCCCUGGGGUUGUAGCCAGUCGUCGUUGGAUUCCAGCGGCUCGUCUCUAUAGCAACCCAGUCCUCGUCCUGAGCACCGCUGCCAGCUUGUCCUCUCUGCCACACGACGCGUCACUCCUCGUCCACCUCAGCAAUCAGUGCCUGUAAAACUGCGCUGGAAUGGACACCGAGUCGACCCACUCGGGCUACUCCUAUCACUCCAGCCGCUCCGGGAGAUCAAACCGACAUGGGGAUCGAAGCCGUGAGCGGCACAAAGCCAGCAGCAGUAAAGACAGCAGUCGCUCCGAGAGGUCCGUCGUCAUCAACCCGCCUGACACGCCGUCCCAGGAAUCGCCCGUUCACAAUGGCGAGCCUCUGCCUGGAGAACCCACCUCCGCAACAGAGCAGGGAGAGGAAGGCCAGGAUGAUAACUGGGGAGAGACAACCACCGCAGUUACAGGCACUUCAGAGCUGAGCGUCUCCCAGGAGGAAGUGGUUGGAUUAGGGAAAGGGAUACAGGAUCGGACCCAAAGCUUCCGUCGCUAUCUUCCCCUGGCUGUGGGCUUGUUUGUGGGGCUGCUGGUGCUGGCCACGCCCAUGCUCUUCCUGCUUCUUCCAGUUGUGAUGUGGCCUGACAGGCUGCAGACUUGUGGUGCAGCCUGCGAGGGCCUCUUCCUCUCCAUCUCCUUCAAGCUCCUCAUGCUCCUGGUGGCCAUUUGGGCCUUGUUUCUCCGACCGGGCCGCGCCAGCCUGCCCAGAGUGUGUGUGUACCGUGCCUUCCUCACCACACUCACACUCCUGCUCACCAUGUCUUAUUGGCUCUUCUAUGGCGUCAGAAUCCUCGACCCACAGCAGGACGAAGACUACCACGGUAUCGUCCAAUUCGCCGUGUCCCUCGUCGACUCGCAGCUGUUUGUCCACUACCUGGCCGUGGUGCUGCUGCAGCUCCGCCAGCUGCAGCCCUGUUACAGCGUGUGUGUCAUCCGCUCCACAGAUGGAGAGACGCGUCACUACAACAUAGGACAGCUCAGUAUUCAGAGGGCUGCUCUGUCCAUUCUGGAGUAUUACUACAGAGAUUUUCCUCUCCAUAACCCGGCACUUCUCUCUGCCUCGAAACACCGGGCGGCAAAACACCUGGCCGGGCUAAAGGUCUACAACGUAGACGCCCCUGGGAGCACAGCGGGGGCCCAGGCUGGUAAUGGCAAUCAGUCACGAGCGAUGGCUACAGCUGCUGCCAAACGCAAAGACAGUGCCCACAACGAGCUGUACUAUGAAGAGGCCGACUACGAGAGAAGAGUCCGUAAGCGUAGAGCCAGGCUGGUGGUGGCUGUUGAAGAGGCCUUCACACAUGUCCGGCGGAUGAAAAAAGAGGAUGAGCGUGCAACCCCCUCUGACAUCAUGGAUGUACACGAAGCAGCGCUGGCCAUCUUUCCGUCGAUGGCACGUGCACUGCAGAAGUACCUCCGCACCACCAGGAGGCAGCACUGCCACAGCAUGGAGAGCAUCCAGAAGCACCUCGGUUUCUGCCUUAUAAACAACAUGAGCCCCAAGGCCUUCCUCGAGGCUUACCUGGCCCCUGGUCCGACUCUGCAGUACGGACCUGAGCGCUGGAUGGCGGAUCAGUGGACUUUGAUCAGCGAGGCGUCUGUCACCAGUGGCAUAAAGCAAGGAUCUGAGUUCCUGCUGAGGUGUCUUGACUUCAGCUUAGCUAUUAAUGUCAAGAGCAUCCCUUACAUCCGACUAACUGAGGAGUACAUCGACCCCAAGUCUCACAAGUUUCUAUUGCUGCUUCAGUCAGAAACCUCAGUUUAACAGACUCACUGGACCAGUGCUGCUCAUCUGGAUCUGGACUGAAGCUUUUUGUACUUCUCCUUUUGUAUUUAGGUUGGUGUCAUUUUCUCACAUAUAUACAGUACAUACACAUUUGUGUCCUUGUCUUUGUCCUGGGAGACAUGAAAAGACAGGAAAGAAGGAGGGCGUAUGAUUGGAUUUCUCUGUCCUGACAUUUACAGAACACAGUUCAGGUAUUCCUCUAUGCACUUCAGAUGACCCUUGCAAAUGUUCUACUUUUAUGUGUGUGCCAGUGUCUGCCUGCGGGGGAGAGUUCAUGAUUUAAGAGGAGUGUGUGAUUUAGGAUGAAAGGUGUGCAUGGUUUUGUGCAGUUGAAUCUACACCUGGGGUUUGUCUUAAAAUGUCUCUCUCUUCUCUCCUCCGUGUUACGCAGUGACCGGAUAUUUGAUAUAAACUGAACCCUUUUCACCAAAACUGCUCUUUUUUCUGUCCUAGCAAUGAUGAUUGAACUGUUCUGUAUUAUAGAUGUAUGUACAGUAUUUAUACGUGAUUAUACUGCAUACCUAUUUUAUAUUAAAACUGUGCUUGGUUUGAAGGAUUUUUUUUACCCUAUCAACGUUUUAUUUUUACCUUGUCUUUCUGCACUGUAUUUGUGAAGAUAGCUGGACUGUAAAUAGGUGACAAAGUGUUGUUGGUGUCUGACAAAUCAUUGAAGUAUCUUUAAAAGUUAAAUACGUUUUAAAAAUAAUAUCUUGGAUAGAAUGCCAAACACAGUACAGAUGAAUACAGACCCAAGAUUAGAAACAAACAUUUCUGCCUUGUUUAUAUCUGUAGAGCUAAUUGUGUUUUGUAAUGUUGAUUUUUAGAACAUAUUCUCCUGACCUGGGUCAUCAUUUGCUAAAAUGAAGAUGUAUUAUGACAGCAUCGUGUACCGUAAAACUUGACAUCCAAGCGAAAGAUACCAAGCCAUGAGGUUCUCAGCUGCCUAAGAUAAAAAUAAUACAUUAAAUACAUGAACAUCUAAGCCUAGAUUUCAGUGUUUCAGUUUAGUUUUUGAAAAAGUAAGGGUCAAUUAACUCGUUCUGCCAAGACUUUUAAUCAAAUAUAGCUCAACCUAGUGUCAGUAUUUCUGUUGUCAGUAUUCUGUCUCUGGAGUGUCACACUACUGCCACCUAUCCACCACUGCUGGAACACCAACUGUCUUGUGCGUCAGACUGCAAGUGUUUAUUUCUAUGAAUAUUUGGUCUUUUUAUGUCAUCUGUGUGUAAGUUGGAGGCAUGUUAUAUUGUACAUUUAUAGUGACACAAUUGUUACUGUGGUGACUGACGGUGUAGCUUUGCUUAGGGCUGUUGUUGAAGGUUGUAAAUACUUAUUGAUGACGACAUGUGCCUCAGUUUUACAUGUCAACGAUCAACUCAUCAUACAUGUGAAUUUAUGUGUGUGUAUGUGUGUGUCUGUGAGAGAGAGAGAGUGUGAGAGAGAGGUGGGAAGAGAAAUACGAUUAAUGAGGGAAAAAAAUGCCUUCCCAAACGUCAUACAGCUGGUACAUUGUCUGUCUUCUUUUAUACAGCAGGUCAUGUAAAAUCAAAGCAACUGUGUCAAAGUCACAUUUGUUAAAAAAAAUAAAUAUUUGUAUUGACCUUUU